CGAGUUGUAUCACAUGACGUCCGUCCUAUCCAUGGCGUUCACUCCCCAGAUGAAAUAUCAACAACACGAAAUGAAAAUCGAGUGUGACAUUGCGUUUAACUGACUUCAGCAUCCUCCACCACACUUAAAUCAAGCGGUCGACCACGAUGGAGAUGAAUAACGAGAGGCGACGUCUGACCCGCUCCCCCACCAGUGUCAGCGACUACAGUGGCCUCAGCAACACAGCCUUCAGCGACAACAUCUCCCGGGAAGACUCCCCCAGGGUUAGCUGCCAGCCCUCCCCUGAGCCCCGACACCGACAAGAACGCAAGACUAUGGAUGAGGUCAUCUACAACAUGCGCUAUUCCCACGAGAACCAAAGGUUCGACUGGUCGGACGACAUCGAGGCUGUGAAAUCAGGGGAGAUGGAGGCCGGGGGUUCGGUGCAUCAGGACUUCCUCAACAAACUGCGUGAACAGCCUCUCCAUAUGCAACAGAAACUCAAACUGUCCAGAUACCUCAGAAGCAAUCUUGACGCAGAUUCCAUGUACACAAGCUUAAAAAAUAGAACAACGAAAUCCCAGGCUUCAAGGAUCUACGGUGACUUUGGAAUCGGACUGUGGAGAAAGAACAUAACAAAGAUAUCUGCCUACCACGGCAGCAACGUCGCCUCCUACUUCCUCUUCCUGCGGUUCCUCACCUACCUCAACGUAUUCAUAGCCCUGCUCCUCCUUGCCUUCAUCAGUGUACCACAGAUCCUCUCAGGGGAUGCGACCAUUCCAGACGACGUUGUCGGAUAUUUUGGGGAGCUAUCCACAAGCGUCAUGUUCUACGGGGCGUACAGCAACACAACAUGGGGGUAUUAUGAACGACCGAUGGCAUACUUCCUCACAUGGGGCUCCGUCAACUUGCUGUCUUUUAUUGUCAUAAUUCUCAGUAUGUUGUUUCGGUUCCGGAGGACCAAAUACAGCAGUUCUGACGAGGAGCUGACUUACACCUGGCGUCUCUUCACGUCCUGGGACUACUCUGUGUAUGAGAAGCAAGGAGCCAGUGACCGGAAGGAAGCCAUUAAAACGGCAAUGUUGGAACUUGUGCGGGAAGACCGAGGGAGGAAAAAAAGGAAACAGCGUGGGCUGUGCUCAAGGUGCUUGCUGGUGUUGCUGAGGCUGGUGGUGAACGUGCUGGUAUUGGCGGUGUUGGGAGGCAGUGGCUACCUCAUCUUCCUUGUAGCCAACAUCAAAGAGACGACGGUGCCUUUACCAGAUUUCUUCAACGAUUUCCUGGAUAGAUACGAGCUCCCUCUGGUGGUUACAGGUCUGAAGUUGAUAGUCCCCCUUAUAUUCGACCAACUGAUCAGGCUAGAACAAUGGCACCCACGAACGGAGCUGAAACUGACAAUUGGCAGGACAACGUUGUUCUACGUCGCUAGCCUCAUCGUCUUCGUCGUCUCCUUGUAUGACGUCACUACCGAAUGUAUCGGCAGCACUGCAAACUCCACCAUUGAACAGAGAAACGCCUCGGAGUUCUGUUGCUGGGAAAACGAGGUUGGAGAGCAAGUGUUUAAAGUACUUAUCCUCGAUCUGGGCAUCACGCUCGUCGUGACACUCCUCUUUGACGUCCUCAGGGCUGUAGUUGUCAAGUCGUGCGGCUGCAUUAAGAUACAGUACAGUGAGAUGGCCGUAGCUUCCGGUGUGUUGGAUCUGACCUAUGGUCAAGCUCUGGUCUGGCUUGGUCUCUACUUCUGUCCAUUUCUGGCACUGGCGGGCGUGGUCAAACUUGUUAUCCUCUUCUACUUUCAAUAUGUCAUUGCCCGCACGUGCUACGUGGCGCCAAGAAAGGUGUUCCGAGCCUCAAGAUCCGGGAACUUCUACAUGUUUAUUCUGCUCCUCAACCUCUUCUUCAGCCUCCUCCCUCUGGGAUACGCCGUCAUAGAACUUCAGCCAUCCGAUGACUGCGGUCCGUUUCAGCUUGAACGACAUGUUUAUGACGUCAUCGCCAAGCGCGUCGGAAACCUCCCUGAUUGGCUACAAGACGCCCUGGAUUAUAUUGCAACGCCCUCUGUUAUUAUCGCCGUAAUAAUUCUUCUGCUACUAAUUAUUUUCUACUAUAUGGCGCGGUCCUCGUCUUAUAAAGAGGUUGGCAAGCAGCUCCGGAAGCAACUGACUCUGGAAAGGACAGUGGAGAAAAAGAGAGUGUUUGCAAAGGCCAGAGCGCUUCAAGGCCGUUCCUCGUCUAGACGGUCUGGUGCUUCAUCUGCCUCUAACGUCACAACCCCAUAACUAUAUUCGAGUGGGUGAACUUUAAAUCAGUUCACCAGAGCGUGUCAGCUUCCUGUGGUCAGAAAGCACAAAGUGAUACGGUUGUAGACGUUUAUCAUUUUGUUCAACCAGUGAGAACGUGUAUGGUCCUGAAAAUCAGGGCGAAUCUGGGAUCAUCGGAUUCUGGCACAACUAAGGGACGUAACUCUACAGAGAACAUUGUGCGCUUCAGACUACAUGAUACAAAGGAAGCCAUUAUGUUACAAUGGACUGCGGGGAAAGGUGGCAAGGUUUCUGUGAUUGCAUGAUACGACCAUGAAAUAACUACAGAAUAGUUUAGGUAACCAGUAAAAGCCUAGUAGAAUUGCUCUAACAUUGAAGAAACAUGUGUUCAUUUUAAGUUGUGGUUUGUUUUUACAUGUAACAUAUUGAAAUUAUAUUCCAAAAUAA